AUUAAUUUAAUUAAUUAAUUACUGUUUCGGAAUGAAGUUGUGGAAAUUAAAAGUUCCUAGAAAAAUUAUUUGAUCACAUCAUUAAAUUCGAUUUGACUGUUUGAUUCCAGAAAUGCAAACAAAUCUCAAUUCGGACCCAUUCGGGGGGAAAAGCGCGUAUCGUUCAGUCGCAUUACUUCAGGAUUCCGCCUACGACUGGUGGAAGCGUGUGGGAGCAGACGUCCCGGAGCCCGUGCAGUGGGCCACAUUUGACCGACUCUUCCAUGAAGAGUACAUCCCUGAGCACUUCGUCGAGGCGAAGCGGGAAGAGUUCUUGAAAUUCACCCAGGGUGAACACACACUGCCUGAGUAUCGACAAAAGUUUGACGAACUCGCGGGGUUUGGGCAGGACCUCGUCCCGACUAUGGAAAAGCGGUGCAAACGCUUUGUGGAGGGCUUACGUCUCGAUCUUUCGGCUCAUCUGAUCAUUGCUCCUCGGGGUGACAUCAACGCAUUAUACAAAAAUGCAUUGGAUUUGAAUGCGGCUCUUGCCAAGAAGGCUGAGGAGGUCAGGCUUUCGUGUGCCUACUACAGUGGGCCCGUCCAGGAACCUUUGGGAUCCAACGGGUUUUCAUCAGCCUUGAUUGAUCCGGGUUCCACUUUAUCAUAUGUUUGUAUGCCUAUUCCGGUUAUGCCUAACAUUCCGAGGGAAGACUUAGACAACCCAGUAAUUGUGUCCAACCCAUUGGGACACAGUCUACGACUCACCCAUGUGUAUCACGACUGCCUAUUAGUGGUCCAGGGAAAGACCUUCCCUGCAAGCCUCAUUGAGCUUCCACAUCGUGAGUUUGAUGUUAUUCUAGGCAUGGAUUGGCUCACCGCCAACCAAGCCGUUGUUGACUGUGGAGGGCAUAUGGUUUGGCUGAGAGCCGAGGACGGUAGCGACAUUCUGGUCCGUGGAGAGCUUCUUCCGAAAGCUCCAGAAUUCAUUUCCUACAUUCAUGCUCGUCAACUCAUACACAAGAAGUGUGAAGCAUUCUUGUGCACAGUGCGUGACACUCGUCAGGAGGCGCCUAGUAGGGGGGCAUCCCUACGUCGGAAGACUCUAGCUGUGUUACACGUCCAGCCUACAUUACAGCAUCAGAUAGCAUCAGCCCAGAGCAGCGAUGAUUUCUGUAUCCAUACCGUUGAGCUCGUCUCCCGAGGAGAGAAGCCAGAUUUCGCAGUUCGUGAGGGUAUCUUGUACUAUCGGGAGCGUAUGGUUGUGCUAGCGGGGGAGAGGUACUGGUCGGACCCUUCUCAUGUGAUUCCAGCUGAUACGGUCACACUUGAUGAGAAUCUUACAUACGAGGAGGAGCCGGUUGAGAUUCUGGCUCGCGAAGUCCGUCAGUUGAGGAACAAAACCAUUCCACUGGUCAAGGUUCUGUGGAGAAGUCAAACCGUCAAGGAGGCGACAUGGGAAACCGAGGAAUCCAUGCGCACUCGUUAUCCACAUCUUUUCAAUGACCAGUGAUCAGCCCUAGCAGGUGGAAACUAAACAGUUAGUAAAAUGUGGUUUCCCGU